CGCACCACAGAUGGUUCUGAGCCACAUGAGCAGUCAGACUACUAUGAAAGUGUGUAUGUGUAUGUGAGAGAAAGUGGGUGUGAGAGCUUAGAGCACAAGGUGUGAAAGCGCAGUGACAGCUGCGAGAACCGAGGCUACUGCUGGCUCAGAGACAGACGCAGCUCUGAAGGAGAGAAGGAAGGAGAACUCGGCACCUCUGGGAAAUAUUUAUGAGAGGAGAGGCAGUGCCGUUCAGUGCCGUAUGAGCGUGCCACCUCCUGUACACCUCCAAGUGUACAUGCUGGGAUCACAGCUGCAGGAGGGGAAAAGUUUUCUUACACAGAACCUAUAAAAAAAAAACAGCAAGCAACAUCUUCAGUGAUGAGCUGCAGGAAGAGAUGCAAAAGGGAGAUCCUAAAGUUUGCUGGGUACCUCUUCAGGUUCAUCACUGGCACGCUUAACACAGACAGUACCGAGGAUGAGUUGGAGCUGUCAGCCGUGCGCCAUCGGCCCGAAGGCCUGGAGCAGCUGGAGGCCCAGACCCGAUUUUCUCGCAAAGAGCUACAGAUUCUCUACCGCGGCUUCAAAAAUGAAUGUCCAAGUGGUGUGGUCAAUGAAGACACAUUUAAGGACAUUUACGCACAGUUCUUUCCACAAGGAGAUGCAUCCACAUAUGCACAUUUUCUUUUCAACGCAUUUGACACAGACCACAACGGUGCAGUGAGUUUUGAAGAUUUUGUUAUGGGCCUGUCUAUACUGCUCCGAGGCACAGUUCAGGAGAAACUCAACUGGGCAUUUAACCUGUAUGAUAUUAACAAAGAUGGAUAUAUAACAAAAGAGGAAAUGUUAGAUAUCAUGAAAGCCAUUUAUGACAUGAUGGGCAAGUGGACGUAUCCUAUUCUUAAAGAGGAAACUCCAAGACAACACGUGGAGAUAUUUUUCCAGAAAAUGGACAAAAAUAAGGACGGUGUGGUCACCAUAGACGAGUUUAUAGACUGCUGCGAAAAUGAUGAAAACAUCAUGAGAUCGAUGCAGCUUUUUGAAAAUGUCAUUUAAUAGCCGAGUGGACGUCAUACCUCCGGUGGCUAGUCGACUCAUGCAAGCACCUUUCUGCUCCACAUGUGCCGAUAUCAUUAAGAGAAAUGUAUUUGAAUGGAAGGCAAACCCAAGAAACCCAGAAAAAAACACCACCUUUUUGAGUUCAAGCUACAUUUCUGUUCAUUUCAUUACAGCUCCUGUUUAGAAGUCAUCAUUUUAAUUAACAGCAGCUGCCAUUUGAAAGGUUUUUGUGCAUGGAGUAUAAUGAACUCACCUACAGUAUAUAGGAGGAUAUGCUGGGAUGGAUUACUUUUAAUCUUUCAGCCAUGUUCCAUUAAAUGUUAGCAGUAAUAGUUUAACAAAAUGAAAAUAUUGUUUUCAUUACCUCUAACAGCAGUAGCAUUUAUUUCUGCCCAUAAUGUUCUGAGAAAGACUGGGAACAUUAGCAACAGUCAGUUUUAACUAUGUACUGUGGAGAGCAUGUUUUAUACACAGUGCAUGUGGAAUCAGUUACAGGAUUUACUGUAAAUCUGUAAAUAAGAUCCCCAAACAGAUAUCUUCAUCCUUAAUUUAGUUGUUAUAUUUUGUCAAAAGCAUUUAAACUUAUUUCCAAAUGCACAGACAUUUUGAUUGCAGAAAGAGUUUUCUUAAGAGUUUUAGUCCAAAAUCAGAUAUCUAGAAAUCUUUUUUUCAUAUGUUAAAUCCUUUUUUUUUCUAUUUUAAGUGUAUAUGAAAUAACUGAAUAUUGAAAUAAUCGAAUAAUAACUGAAUUUGCCAACUGCAUCAUAGAGUCAUAGCAAAUAUACUCACUUAAGUCAAUAUUUUUAGAGCUAUGUCUUGAGAAACUACAGUAGUCUUCUUAAAACAAUGGUAUUGCAGAUUGUUUUUAUUUACUAAGACUCUAAAAUUGUAGCAGGUAUAGAGACUGUUUCACAGUAUUUGAUUUGAUUCAUGAUUUUGUGUGUGUGUGUGUGUGUGUGCCAAGAACAUAACAUCCAAAGUCAGAGGAGAGGAACUAAUUUGUGCAAAUUCAGUAUCUUUAAUUUGGGCUUUUUUUAACAUUUUUUUUGUUCUACUUCUAGCCAGUUCUGUCAUAGGAACAAUGAGCAUCGCUGCUUUUCAUUGCAUUCAGAGCAUCCUUUCAUAUUUUCCUUUUUAUGUCAAUCCAAAGCAGUCACUCCUUUUUUCCCCCUCAGAUGUUUUUUCUCCCUCCUGUUUUCCAGCAUUAAAACUGAUUAGCCCCUGCUGGCUGAAUCAAAGAUGUAGGUAGAGCUGUGACUGCUACAGUACAGACAGAACAGUGAGCAUGCUGGGUAGCAGAUGUAUGUUUUCUGGCCCAUAGCAACAUCUAAAAGCCCUUGUCCAAAGGCAUCAUUUCCAACUGCCAUGAAAUGCACCUACUAGCAGCAAUAUGCUUCACUGCAGACUCUGGUUUAUUUAAGCUGAUUUAUGGGGAAAAAUGCUAUUUUAUGUUAGAAAUUGUUUCCAGAUCUGGUACUGUGAACAUGAAAUGUAGAAAAAAUAUACACUUUGUAGUUAUACUUUUUUAUAUUGAUUCACAGAGCAUGUUUUUCCUAAAUCUGCUAAUGGCAAUGACAAUUUAAUAUUAAACAAUAACCUUUAUUAUAGGUCAGUUAUUGUCUUCUCAAGGUAAAAAGUCAAUACAACUAUAUUUUUUCAAGUAACAUUAAAUGAAAGGUCCACAAUAUGUGGAACAGAUGUUGUAUUUACAUUAACAUGCUGCCACCUAGUGGAAAUUUGGUAUAUGUGCAGGAAAAAAAUCAUACAUUAAUUGACAAGCCUGUUUAGUUUUGGUAUUUGUUCACAUUCUUUGUAAUGUGUUUACAAUCGAACAUCAAUUCCAGCUGUUUUUGGAAACAUGUCAUAUGCUGUAGAACCUUUGCAUCCAGAUGUUAAGAAUUAAAAAUGCAGUAGAAAUGCCGGGGGAAGGACUGGCAGCUGCAUGUUAAACGAAUGCUUCACCGUAUUAGACAGUUAAUAAGGGAUAGUACUGAGUAACGCAGCUCUAGAGCUCUCUGUGCAUAUCACACCUCCCAAUGCUUCUAGAAGACAGGCAUUAGGUGGGAUUGAUUCAAUAAACAGCUCUGAAUGUA